CUCAACUCCCCGUACGCCGCUGCUGCCGUGCCGCCUCUCUCCAAGCCGGGAUCCUUCACGUCCUCGGCGUCCUCGGUCGCCAGCAGCAACGGGUCGCAGCGCCCGCCGCACCCGAUGCGGAAGCCGUCCACCAAGGCGCUGAUCCUGCAGCAGAAGCAGCAGCAGGAGGAGCAGCUGCAGCAGCGCGCGACGCUGGCCAGAGCCGACACGGCGGACGACGCACUGCUGAGUCGGGCGGCGUCCGAGGUCCCUACGCGUCUGACGCCGGAAGAGGCGGCGGCGGUGCUGCGAGAACGCUCCAACUCGCUGGCGGUCAUGGAGUCCAUGCGCUCGCACCUGCCGGGCAACGGCCACACCAUGAGCGUGAAGGCCACGGCGAAGCUGAAGAAGGAGAUGGACAAGGCGGCGAGCGUGGUGGAGUCGUUCCUGUCCCCGAAGCUGCUGAAGGACCAGUCCAUCCCGCACGAGCUGCUGGCGGAAGCCUACGGGCUCGUGUUCAUCACCAUGUACAAGGUGGGCUUCUUGUUCUCGGGCAAGGUUGGAACGGGCUUCAUCCUCUCGCGGACGACGGGAGGCUGGUCGGCGCCGAGUUUCUUGACGUCCGGAGGCUUUGGCUUCGGUAUGAUGGCGGGCGGAGAGGUUGUCAACUAUAUGAUCAUCUUGAACUCGAGGAGCGCAGUCAAGGUGUUCACGCGGAAUGGCCAAGUGCAGCUGGGAUCGGAGUUGGAUAUUGCAGUGGGGCCUAUUGGGAGAGCUGCAAGUGCUGCGCUGAAUGUUGGGCCUGGCGGCAUUGCGCCCAACUACUCGUACAGCCACAGUAAGGGUCUAUACGGAGGCAUCGGACUCAGUGGCGGUGUCAUUUGCACGCGCAAGUCGCUGAACGCCAAGUGCUACGGGCCGAAUGUUACCGCGCGACAGCUUCUGGGCGGAGAGGUCGCGUGUCCGCUUGCUGAGCCGCUGUGGAGGGCGCUGGACAAGGCGCUGGGCAUGCAGCGCGAGUACGUGAACGGGUUCCCGGUGCUGGCGCCCACGUACACGGGCAUGGCGUGCGACGCCUGCGGCCACGUGCACACAACAGACAGCAACCCGAAUGCCUGCGCGAGGUGCGGGAACCUGCUGGUCUACAGCGUGAGCGUGCACUCUGGGCGGCGCAAUACCAGUCAGCUUAUUGCCUCGACGUCGAUGAGCAACCCGGCGGCGUAAGUCGCUGCGCGCUUGGGGCUGGAGCCGUUGUAGCCCCAGUGUUUCGUGUGUGCACGCGCAGCGAUGCGUGCUUUAUUUUAUAGCUAAGAGAAGAAGUAAAACUCGCUUGUUCCUCCUCUUCAAACAGCAAACGUCCAAUG